GUAGCGACAUUAAGCACACUUUGUCGGGGAGUUUUUCAAUGUCAAGCAGAGCGAUGAAGUUGCAAUUGAAUCUAUUGAUCCUUUUCCUGAGUAUCGGCGGAACAUGGCAACAAGCAGCGGAGGAGCCAACAUUCUCGAUUGGACCACGCAUCGUUGGUGGGAAACGUGCCAGGGCGGGACAGUUUAAGCAUCAAGUAUCGGUGCGUCAUCGUGGUGUCCACAUUUGUGGUGGCUCCAUCAUAUCGUCCAACUAUGUGCUAACUGCGGCACAUUGCGUUCAGUUCGGUGCAAAUCCGGUAUCACCAAGUGUGUUGGCCGUGCAGGCGGGAAGCCUUCGGCUUAAUAGCCAUGAGACCUAUAAGGAUGUGGCAGCUGUGAAGGUGCAUCCCAAUUAUAAGAGUGGAGGUGUCGGUUACGACAUUGCCGUACUCCGUCUCAGCUCAACGCUUAAAUACAACUCGAACAUCAAUGCCAUUGACCUGGCUAAAAAGGAUCCGCCCGUUAACUCGAUCGUGGAGAUUUCCGGCUGGGGUGCCAUCUAUCAUGGUGGUCCCACCUCCAAUGAUCUGCUCUACAUUCAGGUGCGCAGCAUUUCCCGCGAUCAAUGCACCACUAGCUAUAUGCGCAAUCUCCCCGAGACGACCAUGUGCCUUCUCCAUGGCGCCAAUCUGGGCGCUUGCCACGGCGAUUCUGGCGGUCCGGCUGUCUACAAUGGUGAACUCGUUGGUGUUGCCAGCUUUGUCCUCGGCAGUUGUGGCCGUGAGGCACCCGACGGAUACGAGCGAGUUUCCAUCCUCCGCAGCUGGAUAGUCGAAAAUGCCGAGCUUGCAAAUUCACCGAAAUAAUGAAGAAAUCGAAGCAAUCUAAGGGAUUCCGACAUUUGUACAGAAACUUAAUAAAUUAAUUUUUAUUUCAUCAAACCGA